AUGAGCUUCCUCAAUAUUCCUCCUCCUCCUCCUCCUCCUCCGCCGCCGCCGCCGCCGCCGCCGCCGUCUUCACCACCACCGCCACCGCCUCCUCCUCCUACUCCUCCUCCGCGCCCGCCGAGAUAUUCCGUCACGCAGCUCAGCGAACGCGAGCUGCCGUACGGCUCGGCGCCAGCGCCCCCCGUCCGCGGCCGGGUCAUCAUCCAAGAGCGGGCGCAAGCCCUCGCGCACGGCAUCGCCAGCAGCGCCGCGCCCGACCCCGCCGACCGCACCAUGUCGUUCUUUUCGGACGGCUCCUGCUCGCGCGCGUACAACGUACACGCCGAGGGCUACGCCAGCGCCGCCUUCGUCCACAAGCUGCCGCAGCAGGCCGACCAGGAGCAGCAGGCGCAGCAGCAGAAGCAGGACGAGGACGAGGACGACGAGGACGAGGGCCGCUGGAUCGGCCACGGCCACAUGCUGCCGCCCGACACGUGCCGCGACAGCAACAACGCCGAGCUGUGGGCCGUCGCGCUCACGCUCGAGUUCAUCGUGCGGUGCCUGGCAGCAGCCGGCCUGCAGCCCGCCUACGCCGCCGUCGCGCUGUUCAAGAUCCUGACGGACAGCAAGCAGGUCCUGCGCUGGCUGCAGGGCCGCACCGACCUGAUCGACGACGGCGGCUCGGGCACCGCCUGCGAGGGCGCCGACCCCGAGGCCCUGCGCAGGGUCCUCUACUACGACGCGGCGCUGACACUGCUGCUGGACAAGGCGGUCGAGUACCGUUGGGUGCCUGCCCACUCGGGAGUGCCGGGCAAUGAGGCGGCGGAUAGGCUGGCAGGGGCCUUCCGCCCUGAUGUCCUCUUGCCGCUGAAGUACAGGUUGCCGCCGGUCGCCGUCGUGAGGGCCGCCAUGGGUAGGUGGAGGCCGUACAGGAAGCUGCGGGUUCUCGCCGUGCGGCUGGGCCGCAUCAACGCCGCCAUCGCCCUGUCGACGUCGGAUGGGCAGAAGAAGGGCCUGCUGGAGGCGCAGAGGAAUGUGGAGAGGGAGAUUGAGGAGGUCCGGGAGCAGAUUGCGGAGGAGUAG